UGACAAGGGCAAGGAUGAUAUAGGAAGCAGGGGGCUGCUGUGAGAUGGGGCUCAAAGAGGAGAAAGUCUAAGGGGGAAGGGGUGGGGUGAUUUAAGGAGCCCAGCUGGGGCCUGGAGCUAUCUCCAUCUUCAGUUCCAGAGUCCUUGGUUUCUGUACAAGAACAAAUGGCACAGCAUGUGUACCAGAAUAAAGAACAAAAGGCAAGAAUGGCAUCCAACCCUCAGAGAAGCACAUCCACAGAAGAGACAAUAAAACCAGAGGAAAGACAGGUAACCAUCACUGAAACCCUAUGGGACCAGGUGCUGACAGCUUUUAAGGAUAUACAAAAGGAGCUGCAGGAAGAUGCUCGGAUUCGAGGGAUGAGCUCCACGACACCCAUGCCAUCUGCACUCAGGACUGGAAACACUAGACCUCCAGAUUUCUGGAUGACCCCAAAUUUGAGAAGAUCACAGUUCAGCACUGGAGACCAGCCGUCAGGAGCCCGUACCCACAACCUGAAGACACAGCUCUCUGGUCAAUCAGCUUACUACCCUGGACCCUAACUCUAUAAUCAAGGAAAAAGGUCUCCUCUGCUUCUGUCAGAUCAUAGCUUCAGUAGCUUGAGAAAGAGAAGAUAUUAGACAUCGUCACUGAACCCAGAAGAGAGAGUGGUGCCCAUGGGUGGAGAUGCCAGGGUCAAUGACUGCAACUGGGAAUUUGGAAAUCAAGUGAGACCCAAACACAUCUCAACUGCCAAGCAAAGAAACCAAAAAACAAACAACUAAUGUAAUAAAUGUGAUGUAAGAGACA